AUGAAAUAUGACGCACUUGUCACAGAUCAGACAGAAAUCGUACAAGACGGGGACGAAAGUACAGAAAUCAAGUCUAGAGUCAAGAAAGGCAUAGAGCUGUCGAAGCAUCGGAUGAACAUGAAGGAGAUUCUUGCACAUUCCAACGCGACACCAAUACGCUGUCACGGGGGCAUAGGGUACGCUUGCAGCUUUUGUACAGACCAGUACCCUGACCCGGCGGAUUUGAAGAGGCACACGAUAACCUCCCAUCCCAACGUGACCAAAUUCAUGAAGGGCAAGGACUUGUACAGGUUUCACGUGAAGCUGGACAUUACGGGACUGCGGUGUAAGGUCUGCGAUGGCACCAUCGACAACCUGGAGCGUCUAAUCGAGCACCUCGUUAGCGUCCACAAGAGGAACAUCCACACAGAUGUGAAGAACCAAAUAUUGCCGUUCAAAUUUGACAGCGAUACGUUGCGCUGCUUCAUCUGCUCGAACAAGUUCCACAAGUUCAAGACGCUCCAGGAGCACAUGAACGUGCACUACAGGAACUUCGUGUGCGAAGUGUGCGACGCCGGUUUCGUGACGCGCGGCAUCAUGAUCCAGCACUCGGAGAGCCACAAGCUCGGCACGUUCACCUGCGAGUACUGCCAGAAGGUGUUCAACACGCUCCGCAAGAAGAAGUCCCACGAGAAGUGCGUCCACACGCACUCGAACAUGCUGAACAAGUGCGGCUACUGCAACGAGAAGUUCAAGGACUACCGCAAGAAGCAGAAGCACUUGACCGAGGCGCACGGGGUGCCGUCGCAGGCGCUGAAAUGCGAGGCGUGCGACAAGACCUUCGUCGGCCAGAAGCACCUGAGCGUGCACAUAAAGCGGGUGCACCUGAUCGAGCGACGCCACCAGUGCACGGACUGCGAGAUGACCUUCUUCUCGCUGGCCGAGAUGAAGAUACACAUGCUGAAGCACACAGGGGUGCGUGACUUCAAGUGCACCGUCUGCCACAAGUCGUACGGCAGGCGGAGGACCCUGCAGGAGCACCUGCGGAUACACGCGGACGACAGGCGGUUCAAGUGCGAGCACUGCGGGCAGGCGUUCGUGCAGAAGUGCAGCUGGCGGGGGCACAUGCGUGCGAAACACGGCGAGCGGGUU